AUGGAUCCACAUAGUAGCACCGGACGAAACACAGAUGUUGAUUUUGAAGAUGCUGAAUUUGUUAGUGAGCACGGUCAAUUGGGUGGUGAUCAGAGAGUUACGAUUAAGGAAGCAAGAAAUCCUAAUUCUGCAAAUGCAGUAAAUGAGGGUUCCAGUAAUGAAAGGCUUUAUAUUCCGGAGGUUGAAGCAUCAACUAUACAUGUGGUUGGCAUGAAAUUUAUUUCUAUUGAAGUGUUUUACCAAACAUAUGCCAAGUUAGCUGGUUUUUCUGCCCGCAAAGGUGGUGAAAACCACAGUGGUGGUAUAAUCAAAACUAAAUAUUUUGUGUGCUCGAAAGAGGGACAUAAGCCAUUGCUUAUUGACGAUUCUUAUUUGAAGUCUAGAAAUCCAUACAAAACAAGGAAAAAAGGAACCAUUAGAACCGGGUGCAAAGCGCAACUUAUGCUUGGUUCGGUGGAUGGGAUAUCAUUUACAGUCAAGAAAUUUGUUGAUGGUCAUAAUCAUACGUUUGUACGUCCUGAAGAUCUUCAUCUACUACCAGCUUACAGGCAAUUGUUAGAAGCCCAUGAGGAAAUGAUAUGGGAAUUAGGUACUCAAAACCUUGGCCCGGUCAAAGCUUUUCAUAUAAUGAGAAAACAAUAUGGUGGUUUUGAGAAAGUUGGUGCCACUGUCGAUGAUUGCAAAAACUUUAGAGCUCGAAUUAAUAGCUAUAUAGGAGAAUAUGAUGCAGACAUGGUGAUCAAUAGGCUGACCGAUAAAAAAGAAUAUUUAGUGGAUUUUUCAUUUGAAUAUUCAGUUGAUGAGAACAAGCUGUUAACCGGUUUGUUUUGGGCGGAUGGGUUAUGCAAGAGUAACUUCAUGGAGUUUGGGGAUGUAAUAUCGUUUGAUGCCACUUUCAAAACAAACAAGCAAGUGUAUAAGAUGGUGUUUGUACCGUUUACUGGGAUAGACAACCACUGUCGAAACGUAACCCUUGGAGCUGGGUUGCUGGCAUCGGAGAGGACUGAGUCUUAUAAAUGGCUUCUAAAUUCCUUUGUAAAUUCAUUUGGACGUCAGCCAAAGGUUGUAGUGACAGACCAGGACCCUGCGAUGAAACAGGCUAUCGAGAGUGUUUUCACUAUCAGCAGACAUAGAUUGUGCAUGUGGCACAUAAUGAAAAAAGUGACAGACAAGGUUAGAUACGAGUGUGCAACAACUAGGAUUUUAAAAGGAGAAUGUGUGAUAUUGUAUGGACAGAUUCCAUUGAGCCUAAAGUAUUCGAGAGAGAGUGGAAGUUCGUAA